GAACCUUGAAGAUAUUGUCGCUAAAAUGGCCAAGAAGCACCUCAAACGUUUGUAUGCACCGUCCGACUGGAUGCUGAGCAAGCUGACGGGCGUGUUCGCACCCCGCCCGCGCCCUGGCCCCCACAAGCUUCGUGAGUGCCUCCCUCUUCUGGUGAUCAUCCGAAACCGCCUGAAGUACGCGCUGAACGCGCGCGAGGGCGAGAUGAUCCUUCGCCAGGGCCUCGUGCAUGUGGACCACCACCCCCGCUGCGACGGCAAGUACCCGGCGGGUUUCAUGGACGUCGUCGAGAUCCCCAAGACGGGCGACCGCUUUCGUCUGAUGUACGACGUCAAGGGCCGCUUUGUGAUGGUGAACGUGUCCGAGAACGAGGGGGACAUCAAGCUGCUGAAGGUGGUGAAUCUGUACACCGCCAGCGGCCGCAUACCUGUCGCCGUAACCCACGACGGCCACCGCAUCCGCUACCCGGACCCGAACACGUUGAUCGGUGAUACGAUCGUCUACAACACCAAGGAGAAGAAAGCGGUUGACCUGGUGAAGCGCGGGACGGGCAAGGCUGUGAUGAUCACCGCCGGCGCCAACCGCGGCCGUGUUGGCGAAAUCGUGAACAUCGAACGCCACCCCGGUGCGUUCGAUAUCGCCCGUUUGAAGGAUGCCGCCGGAAACGAGUUCGCGACGCGCGCCAGGAGCGUGUUCGUUGUGGGCAAAAGCCUGAGCAACAUCCUCGUGACACUGCCCAAGCAACAGGGUCUGCGCAUGAACGUGAUCCAGGAGCGCGAGGAAAAACUCCUUGCGGCCGAGAUGCGCAAGGCGUCCCCACGUCCUGUCCUUCGUAAGGCUCGCAAGUAAACGGGAAGGGAGCCAGAAAAAUCGUCCGGGAUCUGUGCUUCACAAAUUAAACCAUGAUUAUUUCAAUUAUUUUAAUUUAAACCUUUAGAUCGUUUAUUGACCUAGGAUUAAA